CCUGUUAGGGGGCCGUUGGAUAAGAAAAUCUUUCUCUUCCAGGCUUCCUUGGUGAAGCUGAACCCGCUUGCUUUUCCUCAGCAGUUGCGGAGACCCGUGGUGAUUAGUCGACUGAUUCGACCGAGGGACUCUGUGUACCAGAAAUUGCAAGGAGUGUCUAGUCCAGUGGGGAGGCGGACUGGAAGACCGGGAGAGCCCAGGCCCAGAGCAGUGUGAUGCUGCCUUCUCUGACCAUGAAACUCCAGGUGUCCGAGUUGCUGAUGGCCUGGUUUGGCAUCCUGAGCUGUGUGCAGGCCGAGUUCUUCACUUCUGUUGGGCACAUGACUGACCUGAUUUAUGCAGAGAAAGACCUGGUGCAGUCUCUGAAGGAGUAUAUCCUCGUGGAAGAAGCCAAGCUCGCCAAGAUUAAGAGUUGGGCCAGCAAAAUGGAAGCCCUGACCAGCAAGUCAGCUGCAGACCCUGAGGGCUACGUGGCCCACCCUGUGAACGCCUAUAAGCUGGUGAAGCGGCUGAACACAGACUGGCCUGCGCUGGAGAACCUCGUUCUGCAGGACUCGGCUGCAGGUUUCAUUGCCAACCUUUCCGUGCAGCGGCAGUUCUUUCCCACUGAUGAGGAUGAGUCGGGAGCUGCGAAAGCCCUGAUGAGACUUCAGGACACAUACAAACUAGACCCAGGCAUGAUUUCCAGAGGGGAGCUUCCAGGAACCAAGUACCAGGCAGUGCUGAGUGUGGACGACUGCUUCGGGAUGGGCCGUUCAGCCUACAACGAAGGGGACUAUUAUCAUACAGUGCUGUGGAUGGAGCAGGUGCUGAAGCAGCUUGAUGCUGGAGAAGAGGCCACUGUAGCCAAGUCUGAGGUGCUGGACUACCUUAGUUAUGCUGUCUUCCAGUUGGGUGACCUGCACCGUGCCCUGGAACUCACCCGACGCCUGGUCUCCCUUGACCCGAGCCAUGAGCGAGCUGGAGGGAAUCUGCGGUACUUUGAGCGGUUGUUGGAGGAAGAAAGAAGAAAUCCGUUGUCAAAUCAGACAGAAGCUUCGCUUGCAGCCCAAGAAGGCGUGUAUGACAGGCCGUUAGAUUACCUGCCCGAGCGGGAGGUGUACGAGAGCCUUUGCCGCGGGGAGGGCGUCAAACUGACACCCCGGAGGCAGAAGAGGCUUUUCUGUAGGUACCACCAUGGCAACAGGGCCCCGGAGCUGCUUAUCGCCCCCUUCAAAGAAGAGGACGAGUGGGACAGCCCGCACAUCGUCAGGUACUACGACGUCAUGUCCGACGAGGAGAUCGAGCGGGUCAAGGAGCUCGCGAAGCCCAAGCUUGCACGAGCCACUGUGCGCGAUCCCAAGACAGGAGUCCUCACUGUCGCCAGCUAUAGGGUUUCCAAAAGCUCCUGGCUGGAGGAAGACGAUGACCCUGUUGUGGCCCGAGUCAAUCGCCGGAUGCAGUACAUCACAGGGCUAACAGUAAAGACCGCAGAAAUGUUGCAGGUUGCAAAUUACGGAAUGGGAGGACAGUAUGAGCCGCACUUCGACUUCUCCAGGCGACCUUUUGACAGCGGCCUCAAAACGGAGGGGAAUAGGUUAGCCACGUUUCUUAAUUAUAACCAUGAGCGAGAUGCUUUCAAGCGUUUAGGGACUGGGAACCGUGUGGCCACAUUCUUAAACUACAUGAGUGAUGUAGAAGCUGGUGGAGCCACCGUCUUCCCUGAUCUGGGAGCUGCACUUUGGCCUAAGAAGGGCACAGCUGUAUUUUGGUACAACCUUUUGCGGAGCGGAGAAGGGGACUACCGGACAAGACACGCGGCCUGCCCCGUGCUUGUGGGCUGCAAGUGGGUCUCCAAUAAGUGGUUCCAUGAACGAGGACAGGAGUUCUUGAGGCCUUGUGGAUCAACGGAAGUUGACUGAUGUCCUUUCUUGCCCUUGCCCUUCCUGGCCCCACAGCUGGAGUCAUCUUCAAGUUCAGCACAACAGACACCUUUCCAUGUCCCAGCUCCUGUCAGGCAGGGAUUUGGGAGAGUCAGUGUUUGUCUGAAGUGGGAGAGAGUACACUGGACUGGACCUGUAGGACCUGCUCCCAGCCUCUUCUUCAGCCUGAUCCCCCCCUGGCUCCAAGGGUAGUGUUGGAGCAGCUGCAGCAGAGCCAGGCUGUCCGGCACCUUGGAGGGUGCCUCUGUACCUCAGAUGUUGUAGGUGAGAGAUGUUUCAGUGAACCAACGUUCUGAUACUUUGUUUACAUGUUUGUUUUUAUGGCAUUUCUAUAAAUUGUGGCUUUAACCAGAAAAUAAAAUGUCCUUGCCAGAAGCCUUAAAGAGCCUUAUUUGUAGUAUUUUUU